AUGCCCCUCGUCAUUGCGCCGGGCAGUGAGGCAACCCGCAACUGCGCUGACCCGUUACUGCCACACCUGAGCUGAGCUGACCCACUGCCAUUAUUCAAGAAGCAAACUCCCAAAACAGUUUCUCUCUUGCUUUUCUCCCCGAUAUCUCUCUUUGAAACUGCCCUAACUGUCUCUGUCCCUUUCCAGUUCGUCCCCUUCGUUGAAGUAUCCAAGAACAAAACAUGUCGUACGGAGGUUAUCCCGGCCAAGGUUACGGUCCCAGCGGCGGCGGCGGCGGCGGAUAUCAGCAAAGUCCCCCUCCUCAGGGUUAUGGACAGUAUCCCCCUCCUCAACAAGGUUACGGCCAGCCGCCUCCUCAACACCACCAGCAAGGCUACGGCCAGCCUCCUCAGCACGGCGGAUAUCAGCAAGGCGGGUACCAGCAGGGAGGAUAUCAGCAAGGAGGCUACCAGCAGCAGCACGGCGGAUACCAGCCGCCUCAGCAGCAACAAUACUACCAACCUCCUCAGCAUCCUCCCCCGCCGCAUCUCGACUCCUACGGCUACCCAACUGCCGGUGGUGGAUAUGGCGGACACCGUGGGCAGUCGACGCGGGCCGGCCCGCCUCCUCCUUCGGGCCACCAAGAGUUCGGCCACGGAGCCCCCCCCGGCUAUACCUUCCAGUACUCCAACUGCACAGGAAAGAGGCGUGCGCUCUUGAUCGGUAUCAACUAUUUCGGCCAGGAAGGCGAAUUGCGCGGCUGCAUCAACGACACCAAGAACCUUUCUCAAUACUUGAUCGAGAACCACGGAUACAAGCGCGAGGAUAUGGUCAUCUUGACCGAUGACCAGACCAACCCCGUGAUGCAACCGACCAAGCAAAACAUCAUCAACGCCAUGGGCUGGCUCGUGGCGAAUGCCCAGCCCAACGAUGCGCUCUUCCUGCACUUCUCUGGCCACGGCGGUCAAACCGAGGACCAUGAUGGCGACGAGGAGGAUGGACACGAUGAGGUUAUUUACCCUGUCGACUUCAAGGAGAACGGCCAUAUUGUGGACGACGAGAUCCACUUCCACGUUGUGAAGCCCCUGGUCGAAGGCGUCCGGCUGACGGCCAUUUUCGACUCGUGCCACUCUGGCUCUGUGCUUGAUCUUCCAUAUGUCUACAACACCAAGGGUCUUCUCAAGGAGCCCAACCUGGCCAAGGAAGCCGGCGCGGGCUUGCUGUCGGCGGUGGGUGCGUAUGCCCGUGGCGACAUGGCGUCCGUGGCCACCAGCAUAUUCGGUCUCGCAAAGAGUGCCUUCAAGGGCAACGACGCCUAUGAGCACACCAAGCGCACCAAGACCUCACCCGCCGAUGUUAUCAUGUGGAGCGGCAGCAAGGACGAUCAGACCUCGGCCGAUGCCACCAUCAACUCUCAAGCCACGGGUGCUAUGUCCCAUGCCUUCAUCUCUGCUCUCAAGGCCAACCCCCAGCAGAGCUAUGUCGAGCUUUUGAACAACAUUCGCGAUAUCCUUGAGCGGGACUACUCGCAAAAGCCCCAGCUUUCGUGCAGUCACCCUCUGGAUACCAGCCUUCUGUUUGUCAUGUAA